GCGAGGUAGGGGAGCUGUACUAAUGGCGGAGAACGUACGGUCGCCUUUUGAGUACCGGGAGCCACCGACCCUCGACAGCGACGGGGAUGGGAGCAAACCGCCUUUGCCGCCCCGGGGGAGGGGGUGUGUCAGGAAAAGGAAGGGUACCCCUGUGAAAGUGUGUGACCGGGCCUACGUGACAGAGGAUGAAGAGGAGGAGGAAGAGGAGAGUCUGUCUGAACACAGCUACAGUCCAGGUGAUGGACAGUACCCGGACGGAGCGGAGGACAGACUGCCUCCAACCGGAAGCCCUUAUUACCUCGCCGACCCCUCCCAGCUCUGUGUGUCGGAGCUGGGCGAGGAGGGGGCGAGUGGGGUCCGGGGGCCAGUGCUCUUCCACCCCCCGCCCAACUGUAGGAUCCGAGAGGUGCACUGCGGGAGUCAGGUGCGGCUGGUCGUCAUAGCGAUUCGAGACAUCGCCAAAGGGGAGGAGAUCACAGUGGACUACAGCCUGAUGGACUGGGGAGAGAACGCCAUGGAUGAAGAGCCUGGCCCCCACCCGCUGUCUCUCUCCGACUACCUCACCCCCUCCUGGUCCCUCUCCCCCUCCUCCUCCCCGCUAACCCACACUGAGCCCAGCGAUUCGGACCGAGAGGAGGAGGAGGAAGACGACGAUGACGACGAAGAAGAAGAGAUGGAGGAGUUGAGGGGCCGCAUGCUCCGCCGCCGAAAGAAGCGCAAAAUAGCCACCCCCCCCGUCACCGCCAAGAAGAAGAGUGUCGCCACCCCCAGGGCCGGACCCGGGCGCCCCUGCUCAUCCUCCUUCUCCCGGCUGGCUGCCUCCUCGACCUCGACCCCAACCGUGGCCCAGACCCCGUCUCAGCCCGUCACCCCACUGGCGCCCCCCACCACCAACAUCAACAACAACAUCAACAUAAACAUUGGCAGCUCCAGUGGGGCCACUGUCAGCCGACGGCAGCACUGCCCCUACUGCGGCCGCCACUACCGCUCUCUGGCACGCCACCUGGAGAAACACCAUGCCAACCAGCCGGAGGUCAGGGCUGCCAUGGAGCUAUCCGCACUCCACACACACCCUUCCUCCUCUACCUCCUCCUCGCACGGCCACAUCUUCGCCUCCCCCCAGCCCUCCUCUUCCUCUACUCCCGCCCCUCCCCCUCUUUUCUCCAGGGAGAGAGAGAGGGAUGCGGUGGCCGCUCGAAGUUCCUCGGGGGCGGUCUCCUUUUCACUCUCGCUCUCCCCACCCUCGGCCUCUCAGUCGGCCGCGGCCAAAAAAGCCUCCAACGUAUCGGUUCAGACGCCCAAGCCAGGCUCCGCCCCUGCAGUGGCCCCGGUGAAAAGUCCUCCCACAUCCACGCCACCCAGGAGGGGCCGCAAGCCGAAGAGAGAGAAGGAGGAGCAGCAGAAAGCGGAGGAGUCCAUCAGGAGCAAAGAGGAAGAGAUACCUCCACCUCCUACCCCCAAGCCGGAGGAAGAAGAGCUGGAUGAGGAGCUGAGUGGAGCGGGGACCGUAGAGAGUCCUGGGGACUGGAGUACACAGCUGGCUAGCUCCCACAGACACCACAUGCCCCCUCUCCUCUCUUCCCUCUCCUGCCUGGUGCUCUACCUGAGCCGGCAGCAGCACUCUUCCUUCUUGUCUCUCACUCGCUCUCCCAGUUCGGCUGAGGCCUGGCGCCUCCUCUGCCAUUCCAGCCUGGCGCUGCUCAUCCUCUACAACCGCCACCGAGAGUGUGAAGUGGCCAAGCUCACCACCCAGGACUACCACAACCGCACCACCCCCCCAAGCCCCACUCUGACCCAGGCUAACACGGCCAACACCCCCCCGACAGGCAUGGAGGCCAUCCUCUCCCCCUUCGAGCAUCAGGUGCUCUGCCACCUCCCCCGGGCAGGUGUGCUGGGCAAGAGGGGGCGCAUCCAGCCCCUCAUCCUGCCCCCGCACUGCGAGUCCUGCCUGGAGCUGCUCCUUCAGACCUCCUCCAACGUGGGCGUCGACCCCCACAGCCCCUACGUCUUCUCCCGGCCCUUCCAUUCGCCCGCCACGCCGCUCCGGGGCACCGACCUACUGCGCAACCUGGCGCGGGCCAGCGGCGCCAAGAACCCCCGGGCGUUGACCCAGACACGGGCGCGCCAGCAGGUAGCCAUUCUCACCCAGCUACUGCUCCUGGAGGAAGGCGAGGGGCAGGGCCAGCCGGGCGGGGCUGCCGCCAAGCGCCUGGAAGAAUUCCUGCAGAGGGAGUACCACGUGACCCAGAGCUGCGCCACAAUAGGCCGAGACCCGGCGCUGAUGGGCCGUGUGGGCAGGGUGGUGAUCUAUGGGGAAAAGGAGGGGGUCCUCUUCAGAGGGAUGAGUCUGCAGCACAUCUGUCUAGAGCUGGAUGUGAUGUCAGGAAACUCUGCGGACUCCUUCUCAGACGACUCGGACGUGGAGGCAGAGAAGGUUAAGGAGAAGGUUAAAGAGAAGGUUAAGGAGAAGGUGGAGGAGAAGGAGAAGGUGGGGGAGGUGAAGAAGCAACCAGGUCAACCCCCCAGCAAGAAUAAAGCCCCCGCUCCCUCCCCGGUCAACCCCUCGCUCCCUGGUGCCCACAAGAGGAGGAUCAUUCAGCCCAAAUCCGGGAAGCGUGGGGUGCUGAAACGGCCCUGGUCGGAGGCGGAGCGCAUCGCCGUGGAGACGCACCUGAAGAGGAACAUCAUGGAGCAGCGCGUGCCAGCCAAGGCGGACUGCGAGCGCUGCCUGCAGCUCUGUCCCCUGCUGGUCAGCAACCAGCGUGACUGGAGAGCCAUCAAGUUCUACUGCCACAACCGUAUCCAGCUACUGAAGAAGCAAGGCAGGAGGGAGAGGGCAGGGAACUCUGUUAGAUAGAGAUGGGAGAGAGCGAGAGAACUGACUUCAACCAUCUGGAGUGGCCCUAUUCUAGUCCUGGAGAAGUGCAGUCUGCUUGUUUUUCGUCCGAAUUUACCUGACCUCUGACCUGACCUUAGAGGUCGUUCCUGGGACUAGGUGUGCACUAUCAGUCCUAGCCCUGUAGCCCAGUAAUGCAGUGUUGUCUUCAUCAAGAAUCAAGGAGAGAAUUAACUGGGAUUAGUUGAAAUAUCUCCUCUGAUCAGGGGACAUAUCGACAUAGUGUCUCAAAAGGGGUCUAGGAAUCCUGUUUAAAACCGGGUUUUUAAAGACAACAAAAAAACUCCCAGCUCACAGUAGGUUUUAGCUUGGUAAGAUACUGACCAGAUAAACUCUGAACCAGGAGUAACAUCAACUCCUAAAAAGGUUCAUCUCAGCUGGUCGUCACGACAGUUUGAAGUACCGCAAAGGAAAGAUGGUGAUGAGUCUCAUCGUUGUAAAUUAUGGGAAAUAACCAAUCACGAAGAGGCAUGGCCAGCUGUGAACUGUAUAGCACGUUUUCAGACACCCAGAUGAACGUGACCGUACAUCAAAUGUUGCAAUGAUAAAACACUUGAUAUAAUUUGUCUGACACGAUCACUUUGCCUAACUCCUAAUUAUUGCCUAAUAUGUUGGCAUGCAUAACCUUCUUUUUUUUUUACCAAUUCUGAUGUUGUUGUUUUUUUAAAGCGGAAGUUUUAUAAUAUGGUCGCUACUGUACGGUACUGUAGGCAUCACGUCUCUUACUGAUAAUGUUGCAUUAAAACCUAUCAUUUUCAACACCCAAUCAAAGUUAACAUAGGCCCGAAAUACCUUCAGUGGCCCAAUAUUACUUAGGCAUAUUAUUUAACAGUGUUGCAGGCCUUUAAAUGAUAACUGGUGAGGUCAGAUCAUGAGGUCUCUUAAAUAUCUGUCAACUAGUUUAGGUUUAAUGCCUAGCUUUAAUUUUUUUUAUUUUACCCGUAAGAGUAGGAGUAAAAUGUCUCUAUUCUCAGCACUUACGACACAUUUUCUACUCCUGAGACGCUUUGUGGAUACGGGCCCUGGAUUACGAAACAACAGUCCUAGAAGUUCCUGGAGAAUCCCGAGUUUAAAACCCUUUUAUUUCAAUCUGUUGGAACAGUAUACAGGGAAAUGACUGAGAAAGUGAGGGAGUUCAGAGGAGUGGACCCCCACCUCCACUGAAAGCUGAAGACCAAAUGUGAAUAUUACGUUGUCUUUACAAAGAUGUAGGAAGAAACACAUGGAUUAAACCAAUACGACCCCCCCACCACCACCACCCUAGAAUGAGCAUACAUGUCAUGUGGGAGGAGCUGUUUGAUACAUGUCAUGUGGGAGGAGCUGUUUGAUACAUGUCAUGUGGAAGGAGCUGUUUGAUACAUGUCAUGUGGGAGGAGCUGUUUGAUACUUGUCAUGUGGGAGGAGCUGUUUGAUACAUGUCAUGUGGGAGGAGCUGUUUGAUACUUGUCAUGUGGGAGGAGCUGUUUGAUACAUGUCAUGUGGGAGGAGCUGUUUGAUACUUGUCAUGUGGGAGGAGCUGUUUGAUACAUGUCAUGUGGGAGGAGCUGUUUGAUACUUGUCAUGUGGGAGGAGCUGUUUGAUACAUGUCAUGUGGGAGGAGCUGUUUGAUACUUGUCAUGUGGGAGGAGCUGUUUGAUACAUGUCAUGUGGGAGGAGCUGUUUGAUACAUGUCAUGUGGGAGGAGCUGUUUGAUACAUGUCAUGUGGGAGGAGCUGUUUGAUACUUGUCAUGUGGGAGGAGCUGUUUGAUACAUGUCAUGUGGGAGGAGCUGUUUGAUACUUGUCAUGUGGGAGGAGCUGUUUGAUACUUGUCAUGUGGGAGGAGCUGUUUGAUACAUGUCAUAUGGGAGGAGCUGUUUGAUACGUGUCAUAUGGGAGGAGCUGUUUGAUACUUGUCAUGUGGGAGGAGCUGUUUGAUACAUGUCAUGUGGGAGGAGCUGUUUGAUACAUGUCAUGUGGGAGGAGCUGUUUGAUACAUGUCAUGUGGGAGGAGCUGUUUGAUACAUGUCAUAUGGGAGGAGCUAUGGAUAACUGACUGGCGUGAACUCUAACCAUUACUAUCACGGCCAGCUGUGUUUUUAACAGUGUCGAUCAAAGUAUUGGACCAUGAUGCACCAGUGAACUUGUUCACGCAUAACUCUGUACCACGGUUUCAGUUAAACGAAUAUGAAACAAGGCACGCAUACUUUAAAUUGUGUAUCAUGUCUGGUUUUUUAGUUUUUUUUAUAUAUUUUGUAGUCAUUUUACUCGACAAUAUAAUAUGGUCUUGUUAGUAACAAAUGUAAAUACGUGUUAAUCAAGAAUGAAAUUUGAUGUAGUAGUGGUUAUAAAGUUGGUCGUAUUGUGCUAAGGUGUACAUAUUGUAAAUACCACAUUUUGAAGUGUUUUCUGAACCACAAAUUGUAACGUGAUAUUUUGCACUAUGGUAACAGAAGUAACAGAAACAGGUUAUCUGCAGUACUGCAAAAACAAAAUAAACAAAAAAAUCUGAA